UACUCCAGCCAAAGAUCCAGUGUCCCCAAUCUGCGAUUGAAUGGUGUUCUGGCCUCUCAUCAGCCAACAGUGCUAAUGGUACAGAACGACCUGAACCGGUACCGUCAUGUGAAUGAACAGACCGACGAUGAUAUCGUCGCAUCUAUCAUCUGUACUAGCUAGCUAGUACUUACUUCUUUGCCAUGAUGGAAGGAGUAGAACACGCGGUGGAGAAACAAGAAGGAAAAGGAACGGCCUGCAAUAACAACAAACAGAGGGAUCUAGCAGCUCUCAAGAAGGAAUGGUCCAAGCUCGUUCCCAAGGAGGAGACCAAGUCUCUUGUAUGGACCAAACUGAAGACAUCUAGUUUCGACAUUAUUAUUGAUAAUAAGGAUAUCAUUCAUUCUCAAGUGCCAUUGAUAGUGGCCACUGUGGACACUCCCGAGUACCGCGCAAGAUACGAUGAUACUCGACAACACAUUCUUUUUAGUCAACAAAAAUGCCAGCAGCACGGUCAACAACAGUGUCUCAUUCAGCGACCCGAACCUUGCUAUAUGUUGAACCUACAAGAGCACCCAUCCAUUGGGGUCAAGAAAAUUGUCUUUGAAGGGUGGAGACAACGAUUGCUACCUAAACUUAAAAGUCUUCUAGCGGGAGUAGAACAUGGGCAGGAAAAGGAUUGCCAAAACAACAAUGUCUGUUCUACGAAAAGCUACAACCAGUUUGUAUUUGUAGCAGAGGACGAUAUACGGAUUCCAGCCCACAUUUCACCCUGUCAAUUGGUCCAAAUCUGCCAGCAUGCCUUUUGUUCCAACCCCGAAUUGGACGUGUUGUCCCUGGGACAUUCCUGGAAGGCCAUUCAGAAAAACCAAUCUGCCAAGAAUAAUCCAAAAGAUUUCCACAAACGAAACUUACACACGUACCUUCAAGGGUGUCGUGGGGGAGGCGUGCACGGAGCGACACUGUUUGCCAUUCAGUACCCUACCGGCAUCAAAAGGUUGCAAGAAGCACUCGAGCAGGGCGCCCGUGACAGGAAACAAACUCAUUUGGAUCAAUUCCUCUUCUUCUCCACACUGCACAAUCUAAGAAUUGCCUUGGCAGAUCCUCCCCUGGUGGGAUGGGCAGAAGUGACAGAAACUCUCACCAAAUCGAGUUCGGGACAUCGUCGACGAGGUGGAGGACGGUUGGGCUUUUUGCCACCAACGAUAAGCGAUACCGGCAAUGAAGAAGCGACAACCAGCAUUGUUGAGAGGGUGACAUGGAUUCAACGUCAAGUGGUAGAGAAAGACAAAGAAAAGAUCACUCCGUGAACUCAAUGUCAAUGAAUACCAUUCCAUCGGAGAUUGGUACCAAGAUCGCGCCAUACAGAAGAAGUCAACUCUGCUGUCUUAUAGAAGUUGCAUCCGUGGAGCUUCCGAGAAGCUCGCGGACCAAGUCGUGGUGUGCUUCGUCGGCAGCUAACCACGAGCUGUGAUGAGAGGGUGGUGGAUGCGUGGAUGCUGC